AUACAGCAUUAUUCUUCUAUGUUCAUAUAAGUAAUAUCAACUCAUGGUCACCACCGCUAGUUCAUAUCAGUCGAUUGAAUAAAUCGGUAUAGAUAAAAGAUUUGAUAUUUCGCAACGAUUAUGCAUUUAUAUAUGAACAUGUGUAUUUAAGUUAUAUUAUAUAUAUAAAUUAAUACGUUAUUAUAAAGUUAUUAUAAAGAUAAAAUAUAAAUAUUUUAUAAUAUUAUUUAAAAAUAUUUAUAAUAUACAAUGCGACUAUCAAAGUUAAAGGAUUUGAUAAGUGAUUUACCCAAAGGUCCUUUGGAUAAAUAUAGAAUACGUGCUAGGUUUGAUUGGAAAUUAUUAAAAUUAAAUUUAGAAGGGGAAGAAGGUAUCAGACAACAGAACAAAAUUUGGUCAUUUAUUAAGGAUAAUUCACUAUUUAAAGCAAAUUAUAACUCCUUAACAUUAGAUGAAAGCCGUAGAAUUUGUACAGCUCAAAUUCGUGCACUUCUAGACAAUGAAAUUAAUCCAUUUACAUGUGGAAGUUGGUUCAAUAUACUUUUUCAAUACGACGCAUCAAUACCAGUCAAAAUGAGUGUCAUGCAUGGAAUGGUUCCAAAUACUGUUUUCACUUUAGGUACAGAACGUCAUAUGGAUAUUCUACACAAAUUUUCCAAUCUGGAAUAUUUUGGUGCCUUUGCUUUAACUGAAAUAUCUCAUGGAACAAAUGCGAAAGGUAUGAGAACUACUGCAACGUACGAUGUUAAUAAAAAAACCUUCUGUUUACAUUCACCAGAUUUUGAAGCUGCAAAAUGCUGGGUUGGUGGUUUAGGAAAGACUGCUACACAUGCUAUUCUUUUUGCACAAUUGAUUACGCCAGAUAAAGUAAAUCAUGGUCUUCAUCCUUUUAUUGUACCUAUACGAGAUCUUGAUACCCAUUUAGCGUUACCUGGUGUAACUGUUGGAGAUUUAGGCGAGAAAAUUGCACUUAAUGGAGUGGACAAUGGUUUUGUAAUAUUUAAUAAUUAUCACAUUCCACGGACAUAUUUAUUAAAUCGAACGGCUGAUGUUACCGAAGAUGGACAAUACGUAUCAUCCUUUAAAGAUAAAAAUAAAAGAUUUGGUGCAUCGUUUGGUGCAUUGUCAAUAGGACGUUUUAAUAUUACAUGGAUAUGUUCGAGUUUUCUUAAUCUUGCAGUAGUCAUAGCAUUACGAUAUUGCGCAGUUAGAAAACAAUUCGGUCCAUCGGAAAAUGAAGAGUGGCCUGUAAUAGAGUAUCAAGCACAGCAAGCUAGAUUAUUUCCUCACGUAGCGUCUGCAUAUGCAGUAAAGAUAUUCUCGCAAAAAUAUUGUGAAAUUAUAAAUAAUUUUCAAAUAAAACUUGUUAGUGGAGAAGAUCGUAAUAAACUUCAUUUAGAAGGUAUUGAGUUGCAUGCUUUAUCUUCAGCUACAAAACCAUUGUGUUCAUGGAUUGCACGAGAUGCUAUUCAAGAUUGUAGAGAGUCAUGUGGUGGUCAUGGAUAUUUAAAGAUGUCACGUUUAGGAGAUAUACGAGCCAAUCAUGAUGCAAAUUGUACUUACGAAGGUGAAAAUAAUGUACUCAUUCAACAAUCAAGUAACUGGUUGUUGAGUCAAUGGUCUUGUCUGUUAAAUGGAAAAGCUAUUUCAUCUCCAUUUGGAACAAUAGAUUUCUUAGUAGAUAGUAAACAUAUCCUAAAACAAAAAUUUAAUUGCAGGACAAUCGAAGAAACGAUAAGUCUCGAAAAUUUAUUAUUUUCACUUAAAUGGUUAUUAUGUUAUUAUUUAAAAAAAACAAAUAAACGUGUACAAGAUCUUAAAGAAGACGGGUAUACUGAUUUUAUAGUGCGAAACGAUUCACAACUAUUUUUUGCACGAACAUUGUCUCUUAUAUAUGGAGAAUAUGUUUUACUUAAAACUUUCAUCGAUUGUAUAAAAGAACCUAUCUGGAGAACGGAAGAAUAUGAGGUACUCAGAAAGCUGUGUUCUUUGUUUGGAUCAACGAUUUUGGAGAAGAGAUUGGUGGAUUUGUAUGCUGGUGGUUAUGCAUCGGUCGAUAGUAAUAUAGACGAUAAAUUGCGUCAAGGUAUUAUAAUGUUAUGCAAAGAUUUAUUGGAAGAUGCUGUGGCUUUAGCAGAUGUAUUAGCACCACCUGAUUAUAUUGUUAACUCACCACUAGGAAUGGCUGAUGGGAAUGUAUAUAAACACAUCCAGGAGAAGAUUUUUCAAAAUAAGGAAAAUUUAGAACGUCCUACCUGGUGGAGAGAAAUAUUAUCAUCUAAAUUAUGAU